ACAUCACAGCAUCCCGCGCACGCCGUAAGUCUUCUCGUUUGCCUCACACUUUUGUCGCGCUAAGUUCGCCAGUUCCCACCUCAACGACACACAGUCAAACAAGACACACUGUUUUCACUCGCGACGAUUCGGGCCGCGGUCAGUUUCUCUUUGGACGUUCCGGUGCGUGUGCAUCCACGGUUACGGUGCAGAAAUUUCACUUUCGUUCGGUCUCGAGCCGCCCUGCUGAAGCCGAAGAUGACGACGGAGCAGGUGCUAAUGGCGGUUGCGUGCUGCUGCUUACUGCCGGCGUUGUUGCUUAACGUGCACAGUGGUGGUGGUGGGGCUGAUGCUCUUGCCACUGUGGACACUUCCGAUGCAACUGGACAGUCGUUCGGUCACGAUUGGGAACCAUCGUCCGCUGCGGAAUUGCGUGCCGUUCUUCGCUCCUUUGCCCGAUCGAAGGAGGAAGCGGACGCUCCCGAACCGGCAGGCAAGCAGCUGCCCACCUUCUCGUCGGCCCCGCUAGGCUCGGCCACCCCUUGCAAAUGUCUGCACGGUAUCUGUAGCUGUUGUUUGGUUCACCUCUCGUCGGCAGGUGUUUUCAGCAUGAACGGGUGCGCCAACCUGACCUACAUUCCCGAGGACUUUGCCUUUGAGUUUCGCAUGAUCUUCAACAAUCGCGUACUGUCCAAGCGGCGCAUCAGCGGGAAGAACCCGAAACCGAUCUGCGUGCAUCCGCCCCGGUUCGACUUUAUCGAGGUGUGUGCCAACUUCUACGACGUCUACUUUGUCGGACGUAACAUGCACGUGUGCAUGGAGAUGAACGGCAACUUCGAGGGGUACGAGCUGUUUUCGAGAUCGUUCAACUGCCUGCGGAUAGGCGAUAAGGGGGUGAAGCUGAUGAAGCCGGGUGAAACGAUUGGAGGAUCGGUAAAUCCAUCUCUGGAGGCCGAGAUCGAUGCUGGGGACGAUAUCGAAGAUUACGAUGAAGCGGUUGUAUGAGUUGGUGCUGCUGCUGGUGAUGUUCCCACUUCCAGAAUAAAUUAUUUCCGUUGCGCUUGCACGAA